AUGGAUUUUAAGAGGGUAAGUUUCUUAGUUGGGUGUUUUGUUUUUGGUUUGGUGGGAUUAUUCACCGAAGUGAAGGGGGGAAAUGUUUUGCAUAAAUCUAAAUGCAACUACACAGCAAUUUACAACUUUGGGGACUCAAAUUCAGACACAGGAACCACGUCUGCAGCAUUUACGGAAAUUUAUCCUCCAAAUGGUGAAAACUUUCCUGGGAAUUUCCCUAAAAGGAAUUGUGAUGGCCGUCUUAUCAUAGAUUUCAUUGCUGAAGAAUUGGAGUUGCCAUACUUGAGUGCCUAUUUGGAUUCAAUUGGGUCAAGUUAUAACCAUGGAGCAAACUUUGCAAUGGGAGGUUCAUCCAUACGUCAGGGUGGCUUUAAUGAAGUCUUCCUUUCACUUCAAAUAUCUCAAUUCAGACAAUUCAAGUUCAGGACUAUGGCUCUCUAUAAUCAAAGCUCUAACAACUCAGCAGAUGCAUGUUUCAAAAGCAGGUUACCGAAGUCCAUGGACUUCUCCAAGGCACUUUACACCUUAGACAUUGGUCAGAACGAUCUAAGUUUUGGUUUCAUGAACUCAGAUCAACACCCAGUCAGAGCAUCAAUUCCUGAUAUAUUGACUAAAUUCUCCCAAGGAGUGCAAAAACUAUACAAUGAAGGUGCUAGACUCUUUUGGAUACAUAAUACAGGCCCAAUUGGAUGUUUUCCACGAACAAACCAGCAACACAAGCCGAAUCCUCAAGAAUUGGAUUCUGCUGGUUGUAGAAAAUCGGAGAAUGAGAUUACUCAGGAGUUUAACAAGCAGCUUAAGGACCUUGUGUUUCAGCUAAGGAAAGAGUUACCUACAGCAAAGUUUACCUAUGUUGAUGUCUACUCAGCCAAAUAUGAAUUAAUAAAAAAUGCAAGGAAUCAAGGUUUUGUUAAUCCAAAGAAAUUCUGCUGUGGCACAACCAAAAGUAUACGUGUUGAUUGUGGAAAAAAGAAAAUUAAGAAUGGAAAAGAAGAAUACAAUAAAUGUAAAACUCCAUGGAAGUACAUUAGCUGGGACGGGGUUCACUACUCUGAAGCAGCAAACCGGUGGCUUGCUACGCGCAUUCUAAAUGGCUCAUUCUCUGAUCCACCAGUUCCUAUAAGCAUGGCUUGUAAUUAA